AUGGAUGUCUGUGUAGCUGUCUGUGGUUGUAUGUGUGCUGUCUGUGCAACUGUCUGUGGGUGUUUAUUUUCCAUGGCGAAUAACGACCAAAACUUUCGUUUGCAUUCUAUCCAGAACAAUCAUUCUCCAGAUAGCAUUGAUCAUCGUUAUUCUGAUAUGUUUUCUUUAUUUCCUUCAUCCUCACGAAAUGCUCAUUUUCAUCAAGAUACAAAUAGCGGACAUUCUCAUCGUCAAACACGAAAUAUGAAUGAUAAUUCGUUUCGUUAUCAACCAUCGACGAUAUUUUCUCAUCGAAGUCAUCCAUUGAUACGAGAAAAUAAUAAUUCCUACGGUGCUACCAGUCGUAAUUUUCAUCAUGAUCAUCGAUCUAAUGAACAGUCUUCGUUCGCCAAUGAUUAUCGCUUACCCUAUUCACAAGUGAAUAGAUACAAUACAAACGAACAAACUCAAUCGAUACCAAAUUUACGGUCAAAUCAUUAUCAGAAUGUUAAUAAACCUAGUACCACAAGUCAAAAUGAUCAUCAUCGUUCAUAUUCUCGACAUCACUGUCAAUUAUUUCAACAGCAACAACAAAACAAUAAUAGCCAUGUGCGACAAGAGUAUGAAAAUAAUUUGUUGUCCGCUGAUGAACAUGAACAAUCACAUCCAAGUAUGAAACGUCGACGAUCAUCAAAUCAAAGUCGACUUCAAUCACCAACAAUCUCUUCCCCACCGCCACUACAACAAGAUCAUAAACGUUUAAGAUCCGUUCAAGAAAAUGAUUCAUAUACUCGACAAAAUCAUACUCAACGUCAACCAAGUAAUGAAAUAAUAGAUGACUUGGCCUUUCAACAUCCAGGUAUUUCAAAUUACCGUCCAUUUUCAAGUGAUUCUGAACAACAGUAUCAACGAUAUUGUCGUCAACAAUCAGGAAAUCCAUGGAUACGCCCGAUGCAAACACAAGCACAUGCACAACCACAAAGACCAACAACAUUAGAAUAUAAUGAUUGGCAUCGGCAUCAUGAUAUUUCGUCACGAGACGCAUCAUCACAAAAUCGCUCUCAACCUCAUGUACAUCCACCACAAGAACAGUCACAGUCAACUCGUGAGCAACAUUCUCAUCAUAAUCAGUCGCAACAUUAUCAACAACGACGGCGUCAGCAUCAUCAUCGGUCAACAACAAGAAGAAAUGAGGAAGAAAAUCAUCGCAGAGAAAUGAGAGACCGAUUAAAUUUUACAAAUGAUUUUAUAAGGACAAUUGUACCACAAUUACUCAAUGGACAUGAGGCAUUAACAGAUGGAUUGAUGAUGGAACUUGUAGCCGUGGCAUCACCGAGUGAUCAUGUUCAUCUUUUGUAUCCAGCUACAGUGACAAUUGAAAUAUCAGAAAUAAUUAGUUAUGCUGUUCCAGAAGAUGUCAUUGUUGGUCUUAGUAAGGCUGAAAUUGAUGCACUGCCAAUUGUUGUUUAUUCAAAGCCAACAGAUAGUAGUGGAGAUGAUGAUGUUGAUAAAUGUGCUGUUUGUUUAACAGUAUUUGAUCAUGGUGAACAACUGAAAAUAUUACGUUGUAAACAUUUAUAUCAUGACAAAUGUAUCGAUCCAUGGCUACAAUCGAACAGUUCUUGCCCAGUAUGUAGGCAUGAUUUACGUGAACAACCAUCAGAUUAA